AUGGACUCUGCGGAUUGGGACUCCGUCUUCCAGUUCGUCCCCGACCCCGCCCUCGAUGUCAACCACGCCGAGAAGCAGAGUGCACGCCCAUUAACAGCCACAGACGCCGUCCAGGUUCCGACUCCACCACUCUCUCAUGACGGCUCGCCUGUUCUUGACGAGCCCGCCGAGGAAAACACACUCGUUUCUGUCUCUACAACCUUCUACCCUGGCUCCCAACAGCUCGCUAUCCAGCCAGACACCGUCCUCCUCUCGUCAGAUAGUGUCUUUUUCUACGUUCACUCCCAUAUCCUCUUGGCUGCAUCAGAAAACGGUUUCCGCGGUCUCCUCCCUGCUCCCCCACCGUCUUCAGAGGGCCAGGAUCCCAUUCUGAACGUGCCAGACAACUCGACCGUCUUGAACGUCGUGCUCCAUGGCGUGUAUGAUAUGUCAUGCGCACAUUACUCCCCAUCGUUCGCGACGCUCGUAACCGCUGUCAACCGCCUGCCUGUGUACGGAAUCUCACCGCGAUCGCACAUCGCGCCGACAACACCACUCUUUUCCCUCCUUCUGUCGCACGCGCCGCUCUACCCAUUAGAACUUUACGCCCUCGCCGCAUCAUAUGACUUGUACGAUCUUGCUGUAUCGACAUCCUCUCACCUCCUCUCGUUCCCCCUCGCCUCUCUUACCGACGAAAUGGCUGAGCGCAUCGGUCCUGUGUACCUAAAACGUCUCUUCUUCCUACACUUCGGGCGAACAGACGCGCUCAAACGAGUCCUUCUGCCACCUCCGCAUCCACACGCCCCAACCCCCUUCUGUGAUUUCACCGAACAGAAGAAAUUGACCCGGGCGUGGGCGUUGGCGUCCGCAUAUCUCGCAUGGGACGCUCGGCCUGACUUGUCAACAAGCACGAUGGAGUCAGCUCUCCGUCCGUUAGCCGACCAUUUAACUUGCGAGAAUUGCCAACAAGCCCUUCGGGACCGGAUAAAGAACCUGGUGGUACAAUGGUCCGUUGUAAAAAGGACAAUAUGA